AUGUUAAUCAAAUCCUUAACCUCACUCGGAAAUGUUGGAAACACUUCAUCAAUGACCAAGAGCUUUGGAUCAUCAAGUGGAAGUCUUUCUGGUCAAUCAUCAAACAGCACCGCUUGUUGUGGUAGUGGUGGAAUCAAUGUUGGUGUUGAUGUUGAUGUCAAUCUUGGUUGUGUUGUUGGUGUUGUUGGAGGUGUAGUUGGAGGUGUUCUUGGUCUUGUUGGUGGUCUUCUCGGUGGUGGUGGUAGAUUGGUUGAAAGAGGUAUUUAA